GGCCGGGCCCCUUUCCAGGGGUGAUCGACAUGUUUGGUGGGGCUGGAGGGCUCAUUGAAUUCCGAGCCAGCCUGCUCGCCAGCCGGGGUUUCGCAGUGCUGGCACUGGCCUUCUUUGGCUACGACGACCUGCCUCGGGUGCUGGUGGAGGUGGACCUGGAGUAUUUUGAGGAAGCAGCCAACCUGCUUUUGAAACACCCCAAGGUGAGAGGCCCAGGUCUUGGCGUUAUUGGGGUGUCCAAAGGGGCAGAGGUCACGCUGGCCAUGGCUAGCUUCUUAGAGCAGGUGGUGGCCGCGGUCUGGAUCAAUGGCACAGGAUUUAUGAACGGCACGCCGCUGCGUUACAAGGGGGUCCACAUCCCCUACAUCCCCUACUGCCCCGAGUGUCUGCUCAUCACAGAGAUGGGAGCCCUGGACAACUACCACGUCUUCCAGGACCCCCGGAACCCAGUGCACGCAGCAGCCGCCAUCCCUGUGGAGAAAGCUCGAGGUGAAGUGCUUUUCGUGGUAGGAGAAGCUGAUCGCAAUUUUAACACCAAGCUCUUUGCUGAGAUGGCCAUUGAGAGGAUGAAAAGCCAUGGGAAGAAGAACUACACCCUGCUGUCCUACCCCGGGGCUGGACACCUGAUCGAGCCACCGGGGUCCCCACUGUGCAGCAUCUCACCGACUCGAGGUAGCCCCAAACCUGUGCACUGGGGGGGUAAUCCAGAGCCCCAUGCUAGAGCCCAGGAGCAUUCCUGGCAGGAGAUCCUGAAAUUUCUCGAGUGCCAUCUUGGUCCCACCAGCAGCCUGUAACAGCCAAGGAGUGGGCCAGGCAGCUCUACCCCUGCCACACUAGAUGCUCCUAGAAUCAUAGUGUAGCGCCCCUCUCCACCUGGUUACCUUCUUGAAUGCCAGUCUGCUUACAGGUUUUAUGGAUAGGUCUGGGUUCUUCUGGAUCCCGCCACCCACUCAAUUUUAUUUUUCCUAUGGAUUUAUUUGGCGAUGCCUCCACUCCCCUCACUUCUUCCUGGCAGGGUCACCAGGGCAACUUGGAAGGAAAAUUCUAACCCAGGGGAAAUCCCAUGUACUUGCCAGAUAGUUGGAGACUCCCAGAA